AUGGCGUUUCUCUUUGGACGCAAGCGCCAGACCGCAGCGGACCUCGUCAGGGCGACGGGAGAACUGCUGCAGAGACUCACCAAUGAAGAGAAGGGCCAACAGACAGGAAAGGUCGAGGAAGAGCUGGCCCGGAAUCUCUCCCAGAUGAAAGUGACCCUGCAAGGUACACCGGAAGCAGAAGCGCAACCCGAGCAGAUAUACCAGCUCGUCACAGCAGCACUCUCCGAGAGUCUUCUGCCACAACUCGUCGAAAACAUACACCGAUUGCCAUUCGAAGCCCGCAAAGACACGCAAACGAUCAUCUCGAAUGUUUUCCGGUUUAGAAGUCCUGGAAGCACAUCGAAUGAGCCCGAUGCUCUCAAAGAGAUUCUGCGACAACAACCCGAGAUUGUGGUCGCUCUCUGCAAUGGCUACGAGCGGAGAGAAAGUGCUUCACCGUGUGGUGGAAUCUUGAAAGAGGCGUUGAAGUGGGAUGCGGUUGCUGCAGUGAUACUGUUCGACGAGCCCACUGCAAACGGGCGCAUCGACAUCUACGACAUCGACUUGAGCCGACAGGCGAGCGGGAAUGGGGUAUUCUGGAAGUUCUUCACCUGGAUCGACAAGUCAAGCUUCGAAGUCAGCGCGGAUGCGUUUGAUUGCUUCAGGUUGAUCUUGACGAAGCAUAAACAAAUCGUGUCGCAGUUCAUCAACACGAACUUUGACAUGUUCUUCCAACGGUACAACGAUAUUCUGAUCAAGUCGGACAGCUAUGUGACGAAGAGGCAAUCGAUCAAAUUGCUGGGAGAGGUUCUGCUGGAUAGACAGUUCUACGAAGUCAUGACCCGAUAUGUGGCAUCGGGAGACAACCUCAAGCUCGUCAUGUGGCAAUUGAAGGACGACCGGCGCAUGGUGCAGUAUGAAGCCUUCCACGUCUUCAAGAUAUUCGCAGCCAACCCCAACAAAUCAACAGAGGUCCAGAAGUUCCUGAUCAUGAACAAACAACGCCUUCUGAAGUUCCUCCCACGAUUUCUGGAGGACCGUACGGAUGAUGAUCAGUUCAACGACGAGAAGGCAUGGCUGGUGAAGGCGAUUGGAAACCUCCCUGACACUACAGCUGGUAUUCGAACGCCAAGUACACCGCAGCAACAGACGGGUGGGACUACGCCUCAACCGAACAGCACGCAGGUACGAUCGUGA